GGAAGUUUGCGUCUCCUUGGAAACAGGAACGCUUUGGUCUGGCUUCGGCUGAGCUUGCCUGGAGGUCUUGAAGGAUACGAACCAGGGUGGAUUCGGAAUGAAUAUGGAGGUCACAACCACAGCCUUGGACAUGUCUGGAGUGCGCAUUUCUCCGCCUGAAUUGCGCUUCCUGGACGCGGUGCCCGGCGGAUGCUAUCGUGCUCUGCUGAGCGUUCAGAACUUGGAGCCACAAAGCCGCUUUCUUCAGAUAUUGCCGCCGCAGCGGCCUCAGUUCAAACUAAUUGUGGAAAAUCCAAAGAAACCAGUCGCUUCUGGUCUUCGCAUAACAGCCAGUGUGGAAUAUUUUCCUGAUCGAGAAGAAGACCUUCGGGAUAGACUACUACUUUAUGUAGACAAAAAGAUAAUUGAAAUACCUUUAAUAGGAUUAUUUCCAUGUUGCUGCUUAGAAAUGGAACCUGAGAUAAAUUUUGGCACAGUGAUUGCAAACAGUAAAGUAAUAAGUAAUGAGAUUAAAAUCACUAACCAUGGAUCAUCUUCAGGUUCAUUUAACAUAAACUACAGUGGAAGUGUUCACAUUGUUAUAUCACCAACCAGUGGAGUGGUGGAAUCCAAAACAUUCCAAGUGGUUAAAAUGGAGAUUUGUGCUGAUAUCCCGAGGGUCAUUAAUGAAACAGCCAUUGUGGAGUUGCAAGGAAGAUCCAGUGCUCACAUAACAAUAAAAGCCAAUAUAGUGGAGCAAAUAGUUGAACUAUUGGGUGUGCCUCAUUCAGACACAAUAAAACAUGUUCAUUUUGGAUGUGUCUAUUUUGGAACCUCCAAGACUGAAGAAAUAAUUCUUCAUAAUAAAAGCCCAGAAGCCAUGGACUGGGUGGCAAUCCUGCAAGAUAAUGCUGUUGGGGAAGAGAUGGGCACAGACAUUCAGAAGGGUACAGAUGCUGCUUUACAAGAUUUAAAUUACAGUGAAAAUAAACCAGAACUAGAUGUUUCCACUCUGAUUUCAUGUAUUCCCAAUGAAGGAACACUGGAGCCGUACCAGAAAAUUGUAGUUACUCUUUGUUUUAGUCCAAAGCAGUUGAAAAGGAAUAUGAAACAUGGUAGAAGUCCAUCAAGACAAGAUUAUUCUCUGUUUCUGAAGUUUGAAGCUGUAGGAAGUACGAAUGACUUUUUGCAAAGAUUGACUGUAGAUGACAAACUUACCAGAGAGAACAGUCUUCAUAAAGUUGAGUUGGCUUUGACAGGCUCAGGGCUCCCAGUCAUGUUAACAUUCAGCCCAGGACCAGUUAUUAAUUUUAUGGCGUGCUAUAUGGGUGAACAUACAGAUAUUAUUUGCACACUCAAAAAUGAGUGUGAUAUUCUUCCAGUGUCAUUUGCUUUUCGUAAAAUUGCACAUUAUAAUAUUUGUCCUGAAAAAGGAAAAGUGAAAGCAAAAUCAUCACAGGAUGUAUUGUUUUCAUUUCUUCCACGUCAUAUAGGAAGCUUUAAAGUGAAGCAAGUGGUAGAUAUCAUUGGUCCAGUGACAAAAAAAGAUUGUUUACCAGAGUUGGUGAUAAGAUCUUUUCAUCAAAUACACUUAAAGUUUUGUGGUACUUGCAAGUCUGUAACGAAUAAAGCCAUGUUGCAAACCAGUCUUGGAGUACUUGUAUCCAACAAGGAAGAUCAGUACAGUUAUGUGACACCAAUGGCACUGCUUAAAUCUGAUCAAACGGAAAUUCAUGAUCAUGUUUUAAACAGAAACUUGGAUGAUGCAUUGAUAGCCCUUCCUAAUGAUCGUCCAGCUAGUAUAAGGCCCAGUGAACGGCAUAACAAUUACAGGACUAUUUUCACAAAGGUUGCCAGAUAUAAUUAUGUGGAUCCAGAGUACUCUUACACAGCAUAUGAAGAACUGGAAAAACAAGUGAAUAAAGAUUACUAUGCAGACUACAUCCACAAUUUAAGAAAACAUCGUUUGAAUAAAGAAGGUGCUAGGAUCUUUGAAAAACUGAAUAAUUCUGUUGAUCUAGGGUUACAGCCAGCAUCAGGGUUAAAAUCACCACGGUUAAAAGCUUUAUGGAAAGAUAAAUUGGAGGAAGAUACUGAUUUAGAAAAUGGAAGUGGCUUGUUAACUAGUAAAAAGUUAGCAGAAAUUAAAUCUAAAUCUAUGGACAAAGAGGUUGAUGGUGGCCUUAAUGCUGUUCCAUCUACUCCACAAGAGCAUGAAGAUUGUAGUUUAAUUUUGACAUCAAAGCAGCUUCAUCAAAUAUUCAUUGGUCCCUCUACUAUUGACUUUGGAGAGGUUUGUGUGCAUUCUACAUCUACCAGGAAAAUGUAUAUUGUAAAUAAUCUUCCUGUUCAUGUUUGGAUACAAGUAGGAAUUGAAAGUGAAGAGCUACAACAGACUAGCCCUUUAUCUCAUGUCAUGCCACCUCAUUCACAAACAUAUAUUCCAGUUGUAUUUGAGACUGACAAACUGGGACAUUUUCAAAAGUCUUUUAUGUACACAAUAAACCAGCAUCACAUUGGGCAUGUAUUGGUGGUAGCAAAAAUAGUACCUGUGGCCUUGGAGCUAUCAACAAGGGAGCUGACGUUAUAUCCUACUUUCAGCUUCCUGGCUGAAAGUGGGUUUAGAACUACUGUCACACUGUAUAAUCGCAAAAACUAUCCUGCUCAGUUCAUCUGGAAGCCCAUAAUCACUGAUAAAGGAAUGGCUUUUUCCAUAUGCCCAGAAAAAGGUACUGUAGAAGCCUAUAAAGACCUAGAGUGUGAAGUAGUUUGGCACCCAAGUUUCUCCUCUCCAGUAACAGGAGAAUUUGAUUUAUGUGUGCAUCAAGGAAAAACACUUAGACUAAAAUGCUUUGCAAAGCUUGGUUCCACCAGUGUUCAGUUUAAGGAACAACGGAUAACUUUUAACCACGCUCCUAUACAUUUAACAACCUGCAAAACAGCUAUUCUUCAAAAUGUGGGACAUAAUCAUGCCUACUUCCAGGUUGUUGAUGCCAAUCCUCUUCCUGGAAUGAUUAUCACUCCUUUUCAGGGUGUAGUACCGGUGGGAGGUCGUACUGAACUCAAAAUCUACUUCACACCUAAUGCAUUAAUGAAAUUUGAUAGCAGAGUGGAGGUUGCGGUACGGCAUGCCAAAUCUUUGGAGCUGAGGAUUGGUGGAUCUGUAGCGGUUCCUAACAUAGAGCUCAGUACAGACUCCUUUGUCUUCCAUGGUGUUUAUGUUGGAUCUACACAAAAAAUUCCAUUUUUGAUUGAAAACAAAGGCAAGACACGUGCCAGGGUGACAUUUGAUUUAUCCAAUCAUGAUGACUUUACAUUGCAUUUUACUCUUCAGCCAGAUGCUUGCAGUUCUCCACCAGGUCUUUGUCUAUAUACUGUGGCCAUAGAUGCACAUUCAGCUUUGGAAUGUUUGUUGAAUUUCACACCAAAAGAAGUGGCAGCAUAUGAUUUCAAUCUUCUAAUACACGUUAAUGUCAGUAAGACUUCAUCUUCAUCUGAUAAUACACUAACAAAUACAAGUCCUGCUAGUUCAGCAAAGCAUCUCAUUGUCCCGCAUCCUCAAAUGUUGACUAUACCUACUCAGCUUUGUAAAGUUCAAGCAACUGUGUUGCAGCCACCUCUAGAACUUUAUUAUCAAGAUCUAACGUUUCUGUGUAACUUAAGAACUAUCCAAUUGGGUAUUGUACAUGACCGCAAUUCCAUAAAGAAGCUGCAUCUGAACAACAUCUCAAAGCAACAGCUUAUGUGGAAAUUAGAUCUUGAUGCUGCAGGCAAAGCAGUAGAUGAUGGUUUCUUCAAGUUUAGUUUACAGUCUGGGAUUCUCGGUCCAGGCCAACAUACUGCUGUUACUAUAUCUUUCUGUCCUCCUUCUUGUCAUGGAACAUAUAUGGCUGAAGUGCCACUGCUUUUGAAUGAUGACACAUCUGUAUACAGAAUACUUUCUUUAUUGGGGUGUGUGAAGAUACCCAAGAUCAGUUUUGACCCUCAGAUUUUGAUACUGACUCCUGUUCCUCUCAAUAUAAAAACAGGAGCGGAUGUCCACAUAAUUCCUCAGGGCUACUCAAGGAAGACAACUUUGCAAGCUGAAAUUCCAGCAUGUGACCCUGGACAUAAUGACCAGAUAAAUCCAUUAAGUGUGGAAAUAUCAAAUGGAAGUUUUAUUGAUGUAACCUUAGAAGGAAAAAACAUUGGUUUUGUAUGUCAUGUCAAUUUCUGCUCCUCAAAGCCAAUGUCUUGUAUGAAGACUAUAUACUUUGUUGAUGAAGAAAAAAACAGAUUCCCUCUUCUGGUUACUGCAACAGCAGAGAACUGCCUCCUUACUGUGUAUCCAUACUUGGCAUGUCACCUUAAAGACCAAAAAAUUAUCCUGAAAAGUGAUUCUAAUGAGAUAAUUUACAGCAAUGGAGAGAGACUACAACAUCCAUGCUACAUUCCAGGAACUUGUUCCCAAACAAAUUCUACCAGUAACUUUGGCAUCAUUACCAACUCUGCCUAUGAAAAAUCCAUAGCAGAAUUUGAAAAGGAAGUUGAAAAUGAAAGGUUGAAGAAGAGUAAAGCUAUCAGCCAAGUUGGUGCAAAUUUGUGUUAUUUGGACCAUUCCCUUUUUCCUGCAGAAGGCACAGAAGCAUAUGCCUUUUUACAGAAAGUUAUUGCAGCAGUUCAGAACUGGUUUACUCUCUUUGGAUGGUCUAAAGGACCAAAUCCCAUUUCUAUUCCACGUACUCUAAGAUGUGAUGUCUGUAAAAUUCAGAUGACAUCAAGUGAUGAAAAGCUUAAACAAAACCUUGCCAAAGAUACCAAGACCAUUUAUGACAUUCUUCUCCAUUUGAGUGGGCAGUUGCUUCCUGGAAUUUCUUCAAGCCAGUCCUUACCAUUUGAUCCUACUCAGCGUGUGGUGCAGCUCCAUUGGCAGCAUUCUACAAUGGUCACUUUUCUCAAAUGCCAAGGAGCAUUAUUUUCUCAUGUGCUUCCCCAGUUUCUUCUUGACCUUGAUGACUAUAAGAGAUGGAUAGAUCUACAGUCUAUGUUGAAGGUGAGGCAAUCUGAAUCAGAGAACAUUUACAUUUUGGAUGACUGUAUUUUUGAGGCUAUCUGCAAACGAUCAUGGACUGAUGUGUUACUUCAGAUAUACAAGAUUUUGGUUCUCCAGCGUGUCUCCACUAUUGAGGCUAACACUUUGAAUAGUCCGGAAGAUGAAGAAAUCAUGCCAAAAAUAAGUACUGAUCCUUUGUCCAGUAAUAUAUAUUCUCCAUCUGAAAGAAUUCUUCUUACUUGGAUGAACAGACAGUAUGAGAAGACACGGAAAAUUGUGUGGAAAGACUCCCAAAAGGGGGAUAUACCACCUACAAGAUGGAUAGUGAACUUUGAUAGAGAUCUCCAAGAUGGCCUGGUUCUGGCAGCACAAGUAGCAAGCUACUGCCCUUAUUUGAUUUCAACACACUUUGUAAAUAUGUAUACCUAUCCAAAAACGUCUGAACAGUAUCUUCACAAUUGCUUGGUUCUUAUAAAUGCUUUUCAUGCAAUAAAUCUUGACAUAGAUGUGCUGGCUUCUGAUAUCUGUGAUCCAAAUCCAAUCAUGAUGCUUAUGCUUUGUGUCUAUCUAUAUGAGCGGCUUCCUCAGUAUUUACCCAAGAAAUAUAUUGAGUUCUCUGGUCCACUUCACGCGACUGUUGUUAGAAAGAUACAUUUGAAAAACCCAAGUAUCAAGCCUUUGAUAUACAAUGCUACCAUUUUAGGAAGAGAUUCUGCUGAUUUUUCAUUGCCUAAAGGAAAUACUGUGACCAUUGCCCCAAAGAGCCAAAUAAGUAUAAAUGUGGAAUUCACUAGCCGUUUCCUGCAUCCUGCUGAAGCUAUGUUGUUACUUGUUUCAAAAGCUUUAACUGGAGUAGGUGGGGCUACAAUGACAUUUUCCCUGAAAACGAGGAUUAACCAAAUUAAACUUGCUGGUUUCCUAAAAUGCAGGUCUCCGUGUUAUGAGCUGAAGACAGUUAUUCUGAAAGUUAAGAGUCCUUUCAAAAUUAGUGGUUCAUUCAGUGUCAUUAUAGUUGAAUCAACAAGCUGCAUAAAUGAUCCUGAGCAGUUAAAUCAAGUCAGCCAGAUAAAGCAAAGUAAAACAAAAAGUUCUGAAAUUGGCAUACUAAAGACUACAUGCAAUGUGAUAGGUACUGAAGGAUUUUACGAACAGCAGGAUAACUCCAAUUCCUUUAAUAAAUCCUGUUGCUUACAAGAGUUCUUUAGUCCAGUGAAUGUUGCUUACCUGGAAGCAGAAAGUUCUUCAAGCCUUAAUCUUCAUUAUCUGCCUUUUAAUAUGGGAAAACAUUAUUGUGCUAUGAUUUUCAUCAAUGAGCAGAUUGGGGAAUUCGUGUACCUGGUGGAAGGAACAUGUGGCUUACCAUUGCCUUCAGCCCUGCUUCCAAUGGAUAGUCCAAAUGUUCUAUGCAUUAGCAGUAUGUUAAAAGGUCAAAGUGAAACACAGCCAGUUCUUUGUUUGAAAUGUUGCCUUACUGAUAUACUUGUAGAAAAACUGAAGAUCCCCCUGAUCAAUGAAGCAAGAGAGAAAGCUCUGGCUAUUGCAGCACAACUGCAAAUGUCUGCAUUGGAGUAUGAGCGAAGAAGGAUCACAGGAACACUGGAGAGCAGCAGUGUUCGUGCAGCCGUUGCAGCACUGGGGCUGUCAACAAUUGAGAAAAAUGUUCUGCACAACUUGCCUGCAUACUCUGAACAAAUCAUCGAGUAUAGUGUGGAAGUGAGCAUGCCUGACUAUUUUGAAAUCCCUUGUAAAAUACAUAUUCCUGUGCUGGCAUCAGCUAGAGUUAAUGCAAAACACCUUGAAAAUCGAAACUGUUGUUUUGCAACAAAAACAGAAGCUGCUGCAGUUGAGCUUUCUAUAAAGUUUAUACCUCAGUAUCCUGGACGAUAUCCUUGCCAGAUUCUUCUACAGUCCAAAUAUGACAUCCGGACAUAUAACAUUGAAUGUGUGGUGAACACAGAUACUAUUGAGGCUGAGCUGGAGUUUGUAACUCCUGCAUAUCAAGCAGUGAUUCAGGAUAUCCCAAUAACUAACACAAGUAAACAAGAUUGGAAGCUAAAAGCCACUUUAAAGGGGUGCUCUUUUUAUGGCCCUCCUCUCAUAUAUGUAGCGCCGGGAGAAACAACUACGUAUACCCUCAUAUUCAAGCCAACUACUGAAUGCAUAACUAAGGGAAAGCUCAUUUUACAAAAUGAAGCAGAUGGCACAGACCAUGUCUUUACCUUAGUAGGAAUUGCAACCAAACCUUUGGCACUGGAUCAUAUUCUGAUAGACUGCUCAGUGAGACAGAUUACACAGAAGGUCAUAAUGGUGCCUAAUUUUACCAGGAAUGAACUGAGAUACAAGGUGUUUUCAGAUCUUCUGAUAAUAAGCGGUGAUCCAACUCUUACUGUAGGACCUGGUGACACAGCUGCUUAUACUCUGACUAUAUCUCCAUGGAAACGUGGGAAAAUGCAAGGUAUAAUUUCAUUUGUUGCUGAAGAUGGAGAACAGCAGCAGCAUCAAUUUAACAGCUCGCUGAAGAAGACAUAUGGUACACAGGAAUUGCAAGCAGUCAAUGCAGCAAACACUGGUCAAAAUUCACCAUGCUCCAAAGUGUGGUUUGCUUUGGAGAUAAACAGUGUAGCAGCACCACCAGAAAAAACUCUGGAUGUGGAAUGUGAGACUCUGGAUACUACUGUUAUUGAAAUUCCAAUAACUAAUCCCACAAAUGAUAUUCUGGUGUUAGAUGUUCUAAUAGAUGUUGCUGAACUUAGUGGUGAAAAAAAUCUCAUUCUUCAACCAAAAGAAACAGUAUGCUAUGGAGUAAAGUACUCUCCAGCUUGUACUGGCAGCUCAAAAGGAAGUGUUAUAUUUGUGUCAGAGAAGACAGGAGAGUUUUGGUAUGCACUGAGACUAACUGCUAAGAAACCUCUGCCAAGAACACUGCCUGAAGUAGAGUGUGAACUUGGAAAGUGGGUCCGUCAAUACAUUCCUUUGGUCAAUCCUACCUAUGAAAGUCUGGAACUGAAAGUUGUGAACAAUAAUUCAGCCCAUUAUUCUUUGGACAUAGACUCCCCAAAUUUUGUGAUUGUAGCUCCUUGUUCCACUACCAAAGUACCAGUUCAAUUUUGUCCUUCUACACUGGGAAGAGCAUGCCACACUGCAAAAAUCUCUUUCAUGUGCCCACAGCUUGAAGAGUGGGUGUUUUUCUUGUCUGGUGUUGGUCUGAUUCCUAAGCUCCAAGAACCAGCGAAUGUAAGCGCUUGCCUGGGUUAUCAUUCUUCGAUCAUAAUAACCUUCAGAAAUCCUACUUUUAAAGAUGUACUGGUAGAUGUGAUUUUAACAGAACAGGAGCAUGUCACACAUCCUCCCAGUGAUUCUGCCCUUCACCAUUCCAUCAAUAAGGAGUCUGUUUUCUGGCUUCCACUCAAACAAACACAAGGAAUCUCUUUGCCUCCAAAAAGCAAACUGGAUAUUCCUGUACUGUUUGCACCUCAGAGUAUGAAACUGUAUGAAGCUGUACUAGUUAUUAAUGUUGAAAAAUUUAUUGAUGAAAAUUGGUCUCUUGAAGAUCUCUUUGAAUUAAACUCAAAAUUGAGCAGCAGCACUGUGAUAUCUGAGAGUGGAGAAAUUAAGGCACUCCGUUGGAUUUACCCAAUAUGUGGAAUUCCUGAAGCACCACCAUAUAAAUCAGCACCAGCUGUUGUAUGCUGCCAGGCCCGCAGCAGAGUAGAAGAAAGAGUAGAAGUGUUGCUGACUGGUGUGGUUCCUAGUGCAAGAGGUUCACAGAUAGUUAGAGACUCUGCAACCCCUUUGAACAGCAAGUCAGUCACCAUUCAAGAUGAAGUUCAAGUGACUGAAGGGUUCUUUACAGCAGAUGAAUUUUUGUAUGACUUGGAGUUUGAAUCUGAAAGAGUGAAAUCUCAGCUACAGUCUGCAGUAGCAAUAAACCUGGUGGAGAACGAAUGGGAUCCUAAAACUGGAAUUGUAACCCUGGUCUUUAGUACAGUGUUUGCACCUAACAAACCAAUGAGGACUCCAGCAACACUGGUUGUUCAGUGCAUUACAGGAGGCAUUUGGAAGUUUCCAUUAUUGCUAGUUGCCACUGAACCAGAAGUUGAUGAUGUCAUCAAUAUUGAAGCAGCUGGUCUAAACAAGGAAUCUUUAAUUAGCUUUAGGCUUACAAGCAAGACAAGGUACCCAGAGCCUUACACAGCUCACUUCUUGCCGGGAAGUGAUCCAGAAUUUGUGGUAUCACCUCAAGCUGGAGAACUUCUUCCACUUGACACAGCAGGAACUCUCAUAACUAUUGGAUUCACACCUAAUAUGUACAGCAAGAAGCACAGAGCAACACUGGUAAUACAGACAGCAGGAAUGCAAUGGAUGUAUGAGAUCAAUGGCCUGCCACCAUGGACUGCACCACCUACAACAUCAGCAAAAGUUGUUUGUAGAAAUACAUAUGAAAAAUCAACAACAGUGCAACAACGCAACUUUCUACGUGAAAAUAUGAAGCUGUUAUCUACUGGCGUGUCCUCAACAAUCAAAGGAGCACCACUAAUUUUAAGAGCAAAAUAAAAACAGAGUGUCUUUAUUUUAAACAGAAAUUAUAUUUUAUAGAACAAAUGUAUUGCUAACUAUCUUAUAGACAUUGGGUUCUAAAACAAUAAAUUCUUUACCAUAA